UCGCUCGUUCGCUCUGCUAAACCUCCUGUCAAAACGUUCUACGCGAGGCGAUUCGUUUUUUUCGACGGGAUCGUCAUCGUUAUUGCCCAGAAAUUGUCGCGAUAUCGACUCCGUUCAUGUCCUGGCGACGUGAAUAACAUUAUAAACAUUUCGUGCUACGUACUCUACCAGUGAACGAUUGUGUGCCGUCGACGGUUCUAUCGUAUACAGCGCGAACCUCGGUGCUCGGUGCUGCUGCCGUGCGCUCUAAGCAUACUAACCCCGAGCAAGCGUUCGUCGUGAUGUUCUAAACCCGAAAAACCAAACAACUGGUGCGUUUCUUCCGUACGAUAAAUGCUCACAUGCGGUGCCACGCAUCUGGGCCCGCCGUGUUUCGACGAACAUUAUGAUGCCGGCCAAGCGGAUUACCGAAUUCCUCAAUCGGGCACUCCGUGAAUGUAAACAAAGUGUGUUUGUUUAGUGUGCACAGCCUUCCAGGGCGCUUCGCAAAACGCGCACCGUCGACAAUAGUUUGUUUUUAUUCGGUUCAGCUAUAUAUUGAAGCUCAAGGAUAAAGUGCAAGUGCAAGUGCAGUGUGCAAAUGCAGUGUGUUAUGCUAAAAAAUGAUGGAAAUAUGCAGUGAUGAUAUUCGCAUUAUUCAUGAAGAAAGUCUGCCAGUAUAGAUCUCCGGUACCGGGAAGACUGAUCACACAUGUACGAGCCAUUUGAGUUGAAUCACGGCAGACCACAUUCUACCAACCCUCAUCAGGUACACCCUACUCCAUCCCCCAAACAUGAUGUCAAUCGGAUACGACCAUCGAACGAAACACUGCAGCACGAAUGAUAGACUAUCCGUUGACGACAGUCGAAGUAGCGAGGACAACAAUCGUUAGCCGCACAGGGCAUUCGGCCAGCCGAAAUAGGCAAAAUGCAGGCGAAGAAGCGCUACAUACUAGUGAUAAUCUGUUGCGCUUUCCUGGCGUACUGCUAUCUGGGAGGCUACCGGUUGAAAGGAUUGCAAGCACUGUUCCGUAUGCGGAUUCGCAAAGAUCCGGACAAUCUACCCUGCUAUCAUCAGCUGCACUACCAGUACACCGACAGCGCCGAGCGUGCGGACCAUGCGCAACCCCUACCGGACGACGAUCUUUUCGCUCCGCCGGCGUACGAAUCACCGCGAUCGCGCGACCUUGCCCCCGUACCGGCGUUCCAGGGUGGUGCGGUGCGCCGCAUCACUGACGAAGCAAGUGCGUCGUUUAAAUCGUGCCGCAUGGAAACGUGCUUCGAUUUUAGCAAAUGUAGCGAUAAGAACUUUUACGUUUACGUGUACCCACCGGAGCCACUGAAUUCGCUUGGUGCUCCUCCGCCAAUUAGUCAAAACUAUCAGAAGAUCAUUUCGGCCAUCCAGGAAAGCCGCUACUACACGAGCGAUCCCGCCCAAGCCUGCCUGUUCGUGCUCGGCAUCGAUACGCUCGAUCGGGAUUCGCUCAGCGAGGAUUUCGUACGCAACGUGCCGUCUCGUCUGCAGCGACUACCGCACUGGAACAAUGGUCGCAACCAUAUCAUAUUUAACCUGUACUCUGGCACCUGGCCCGACUACAACGAGAACGGGCUCGGGUUUGAUCCGGGCCAGGCGAUCCUGGCCAAGGCCAGCAUGAGCGUCCAGUCGCUGCGGCCCGGCUUUGACGUGAGCAUUCCGCUGUUUCACAAACAGUUUCCACUGCGCGGUGGCAAUACCGGGUUCGUGGUCAGUAACAACUUUCCAGCCAACAAAAAAUAUCUGCUAGUCUUUAAGGGAAAACGGUAUGUCCAUGGCAUUGGUUCUGAGACGCGAAAUUCAUUGUUCCAUUUGCACAAUGCUCGAGAUUUUGUGUUGGUGACAACCUGCAAACAUGGCAAAAGCUGGCGAGACCUGCAAGAUGCUCGGUGUGAUGAAGAUAAUCGAGAAUAUGAUAGAUAUGACUACGAAACUUUGUUACAAAAUUCCACAUUCUGUCUAGUACCGCGAGGACGUCGGUUAGGAUCAUUUAGGUUUCUUGAAGUGCUGCAAGCGGGUUGCAUACCGGUGUUGCUUUCAAACUCGUGGGUAUUACCUUUUCAGUCAAAAAUUGACUGGAAGCAGGCGGCUAUCUGGGCAGAUGAAAGACUGUUGUUGCAAGUUCCGGAUAUUGUACGGUCCGUCUCUACAAGCCGUAUUUUAGCUUUACGUCAGCAGACACAAGUGCUUUGGGAGCGUUAUUUUAGUUCUAUCGAGAAAAUUAUUUUUACAACGUUUGAGAUUAUCCGUGAGAGACUACCAGACUAUCCCCAUCGGAACGGACUGAUUUGGAAUACGUCCCCGGGUGCACUGUUGACGAUUCCAACCUUCGCCGACACUUAUCGCCGAUUUCCGUUCCUGCUGGAUAAGCUAGGCCAUACGCCCGGACUGAACUAUACCGCCGUAAUAUUUGUACAGAUCGGUACGCAGCUUACACCAAACACGGCUUUAUACAAGCUAGUCAAAAGUAUUACCAAAAGCCAAUACAUAGAUAAGAUUUUAAUUCUGUGGGCUACCGAUAGAUCCGUACCGCCGAAGAAACGUUGGCCCUCGACUGGUCACAUUCCACUGCACAUCAUAUCGGGCAGCACGAGCGAAGAUCGACCAAGCAUAUCCCAAAGAUUCUAUCCCCACGAGCAAAUCGAGACUGAUGCCGUUUUGUCACUGGACGAGGACGCUAUACUGAACACCGACGAGCUAGACUUUGCUUACCAGGUGUGGCGCGAUUUUCCCGAUCGCAUCGUUGGUUAUCCCGCGAGGGCACACUUCUGGGAUGAUUCUAAGAACGCUUGGGGCUAUACGUCUAAGUGGACAAACUACUACUCGAUCGUGUUGACUGGAGCCGCGUUCUAUCAUCGGUACUACAACUAUCUAUACACGAACUGGCUGUCGUAUCUGCUGUUAAAGACGGUGCAGCAAUCGUCCAACUGUGAGGACAUUCUGAUGAAUCUUCUCGUUUCGCACGUUACGCGCAAACCUCCGAUUAAGGUAACGCAAAGGAAAGGCUACAAGGAUCGAGAGAGUGGAAGAUCGCCAUGGAACGAUCCUGAUCAUUUCAUACAACGACAAAGUUGUCUGAAUACUUUUGCUGCAGUUUUUGGUUACAUGCCUUUGCUAAGAUCGAACCUGCGACUAGAUCCAGUGCUGUACCGCGACUCGGUAUCAAAUUUAAGGAAAAAAUAUAGACAGAUCGAACUAGUUGGCAGCUAGCGAUUUUUGUAUAUUUAUUAAAUUAGGUUACACACUUCAUCUUCACGUACAUCGAACAUCGAAACGAUUCACGACCGCGCCCACACAGUCCCCCCUUCAAAACAAAUCCACCUGCAACAAGGAUUUCUUGUUAUGAAAGUAAUUCGAUCGUAUCGCAGAGCCAGCAUAGGUUGAAAGUGUGAAUAGCGGGUGCGACACGCGAAAUGGAAUAAAUCUAAUAGAAAGAAGGGGAAAAACAGAUAAAUAAUGUUAAUGGUACUUACGGUAAGAACGAACGGUAAUUAACAUUCAUCAAUCAAAAGCAGAAUGUUAGUGAAAGGGGUGUGAAAUACGAAGCACCACCCACCACGGGGGAUGUGUGUUAGUACGCAAUAUUUGAUUUUAAGUUUGUUGACCUAGUCGAAAAUAAGAACCAAUUGCUAUGCACGACAUCCUGUUCUACAUCAUGCUCCCCGCGCAUAUUUUGUACAGUUCGUGAAAUCGUGAGUCGGCAAAUGCGUAAGUGGACUGUAUCGUUCACAAACCAACAUGUGUGUAAAACAAACAAAAUGUUCACGAAAAACAUACGGAAAGGCAUUUAAAUAGUAGCAUAAUAGUACAGUAACAUAAGAUAACAGCCGUGGCGGUUCGGUUAGCACAUGAAGUUCGGGUGCAUGAUGAAUAUCCACGAUGAUCCAGGAUGUUAGUGAGUAAGUAGAACAAUUGUAUAGCAAUUUGUUAAUGUGUUAAUCGGAAAUCGGAACGCGCAUAUUUAGGAAAAAAAAAGAGCUUUAUGCAGGUCGGUAGCGCACAGUUGCCUGCUAAUAAUAGCGCGAAACCGCAUUUGGCGAACAUGCAACAUUUCGCGCCAUUCACGGAUCUAGUGUAUUCGGUUUUAUUGCUCGUAAAACUAGGCCAAUGAUAUAGUGUUAAUGCUAAAGCGCAGCUCAGUGCAGCUUAUGUUAAGUAAAUCGUGUUGGGUUUAUUAGUACAACACACACACAGCACAUCUAUGUUGCCAUCUAUGUAGGAGAGCGUGCGUGCCGGAAAUGCAGUAGUUAGCGAAGCUGACAGUUCCAAACACAUCGAUUCAUUCAUUUGUAAAAAAAAAAAACAAAGCAAAACACAACCACUCCCAAACGAUAAGUAAUUUUAUUAAAUCGUUUUUGUAGCGAUUCAAAAGCUUUUGUAUAAAAGACGGAAAAUGAAAUAUAUAUAUACAUACAUUUCAAUUGGCAAAACAGCGGCUAUAAGUUUAACAGCGUUGCGUGUCUUAUACUUUUCGCAAUGAAAAGCAAACACAUUUUAGAGCAGACACACACACACAUUUGGUGGCUCGAAUGAAAUGCAACACAAAAGAAGGGACUGCUGUUGCUACUGGUUGCUAUUGUUUUAGAACAAUCGCACUCGCGUUUCCUUCCAUUCCGCACGAUGGUUAACGGUCAGGGAUGCAGGUGACAAUUAGACACGAUCGGAACACGAUCAGACACACACACACACAUUCUCGAUGAGGUGAAUCAUUUGUGAAUUACCAUAUCCGGCAAACGGUCCAAAAAAAAAAAACAAAUAAGCCAAGGGAAACAAAUCAAUUACAGUGUACGAUCCAAAGCGUUGCUAACCAUCUACAAAGAUCAAUGAACAGUGGAAAAUCGAAACCAUAUCUUGUAACCACUAUUGCCACGAUACCACUGGAGAAUAAUAGACAGCAAUACUAGAUAUUUGAAAUAUUCAAUUACAUUUAAAAGCUAAAAGUGUGUGAUGAAGCAAAUCAAAUCAAUUAGCAGGUUGGAGAGUUUUUUUUAAUUGUGAUGGUGGUUCGGUCAUUAAUCGUUCAUCUGUAUUAGGACAAUGAAGUUUAAAAUUAAUUUGGUUGUAUGCUUUCCACGUAUGCGUAACGAUCCGAUUGAAUUGACUAUUGGUUGCGUGGUAAUGUUGAAAGCAAUUCAUUUUGUACUGAUGACGGCGUACGCUGGAAAAGGUGCCCGCUUGUCUAAAAACAUUUUUAAUUUCACGAAUAUGGAUUACCAUUUCAAGCCUAACAUCUUCUACAUUACACACCACAGCCAUCGGCAUAUUAAACUUCUUCCUCUACCUAGUCAAAGGCAUUUUUUACAAACUUACGGAACUACCUCACCACGGUUCAUCAAUAUAUGCUGCACAUGUAGCGCAGCGCUGGAACACCCGAGCCCGAGCUUAAAAUUGUUUGCCAGCCAGGAAACCUUUGUCCACUGGCACUGCAAUCACUUUGCUCCCAUUCACUUGAGUUCUGUUUUUACAAAGUAUUGCCAUAACUAUGCUUAAGGGAAACCGAUUUCGCCGGCUCUUUUCCGUAUGCCGUAACGCAGCGUGUGGGUGGAAGUUAGUAUAAUUUUAAACUUUCGCUCAUGUACAGUCACUUCUUCAUGUGGUUUUGUUCUGGUACUGCACUAUCUAUCACUAUCUGAUCCACUGAACUCCUCUUUGUGUGCUAGGAAGAAGGUUAGGAAAGUAGGAUUUUUUUACACAAAACUUGACCAAAAGAGAGUUAUACGUAUUGAAAUGGCUGUUCAAAUGACGUUUAUACGUUUUAGUACACUCCAUUCCACUUCACAUUACUUGCUGCUUAGGAAAACGGUUUGACGACAAACUCAUUUGCAUUUGUGUAGCAGUAACAGUUUGAAUAUUAUAAAAAUAUUCAAGCCCCUUUUUUCCCACAUGCAUCACCACACAAUAAUAUACGCAUAAAGUUCCAGUGCGGAGAGUCUUUUGUGGAUCCGUUUUUUUUUUUUUGAUAACUUCCACUUAACUGAUAAAGUUACAAGGAGUAGUAACUCAUUCGUUUUUUUUAGGGAAACCUUUUUUUCCACACAUAUAAUCGCUUGAGUUCCUUAUCGAUUCGUUUAGAAUCAGGCGGUUGUGUUUUUUUUUUUGUUAAUCUGCUCACAAUUGAAUGCGAUCGUGCAUUUACCAAAUCGUCUAUUUUUAGACUAUCAUAAUCCUAAUCAUCUUCAUACUGUGUGUCAUUCUCAUUCUCCAUGGUGUGGAUUGAAGCAUUCAUUAACAAGACUGGUCAAUAGUGAACAAGAAAAAAAAUGAAUCCUGAGUUGCUAUACUGCAGAUAUCGUUCAGGUGUGAAUGUGUGCGUGUGCGUGUAUGUUUGAUUACUAAUUAUAAGAGCAGCCGCAAGAAUGUUGACGAAGUUUUGCGUUUCGAUGUGCAAACCCGGAUCUAUCUAGCCUAUCAGCAAACGUUUGAUGUGGUUCGAUAAAAAGCUUUCUUGCUCGAUAUGCUACGCAAGCCGUGUCGGGCUGCUGCUUCAAACGUAGGGUCUGAAUGGAACACGAACUAAUCACUAGGAAGUUGUGAACCGAUGAAUGAUGAACCAGCAGUAGUCAGUUCGAUUUUAUUACUCAAUGUUGAAAUAAGCAUCGCCGGUGGCCUUCCACAGCAGCCGCCGAUUGUAGACAGGAUGUCGAUAAAAAAGAUGCUAGCACGUGCUAUCAGCAGCUUGUUCCGUCGAACCUACGCCAUACAACUGUGCGGUGUCUUAAGUGCAAGCAUCCGCGGCCAGGCCCGAGACACGGGAGCGAUGAUAGCGGGACAUUUUUUGCUUUUGUUUUGUGAGCUAAACCGCGCCGCGUUGAUCAUCUCGCUAGUGCUCAUCAUCAGUCCAACAUACGCAAUUAGGCGGAGAUCGGAAUGGGUGGGCCUAACCACCAUUCCCUUUUCUUGCUACAGCGACAAUUCCCGACGCGUGUGCCUUUUUGGUUUAACAAACAUUCUGGUCGAAGCCACCGAAAUGAAUACGACAUUAAAAACGCAAAAAAAACCCCUAACACAACAACAAAAAAACGCAAUGAGUUGAGGGUUGCAUUUUUUUCACAAACAAUGCCCGAUCCCAACACGCGGGGAAGUUAUAACAGUGACACGCGCCAGAAGUUUGGCUUGGCAGAAGCGGUGAAGGCGGCGGCGGCAAUCCCCCGGAACUUUGCGCUUCUGUCGGCGAGCAUUCUAAUCAGUUGGUAGAAGACUCUAGCGAAAAGAAAAAUCAUAUCAUGAAAAACAAGCAACAAGUAAAAUAGCAGAACAAACACAGCAACAACAACAGAGAGAAAAAAAAACAAGAACUCAAGUAAAAUGUCAUCGUAAGGUACAGCCGUAGUAAUAAUACUCUUUGAUCUUAAACCCAUAGACGAACGCUUUUAUGCAACAGAAAAUCAAAAUCAAACAUCAUACAUGAGCGAGAUCGAUACAUCUCUGGGGUUCAGCAAGCAGACCCUAUCCAGAUCUCCGGAACCAGAGACUUCAGAACAACCAUCGGAUAGGAAGCGAGUGACGAAUGAUGUUGUUUUCACGAUUGAAUCAAGUGCGUGAGACGUGAUAGGCAAAAUAAAAUUUAAAAAAAAACAGACACAGACAGAGGAAUUGAUGAUAAAAGCAUGGCAAUUCCAACUAUUUGUACAUUGUUGACGUACAUAAAAAAACCGGUAAAGUAAAAUAAAACGAAAAAAAAGGUUUUUAAA